GUACGUGGAGGAAACCUAAUAUUAUAAAUCGAUGAUACUGGUGAUCAACGCUGUAUAGAGUAUUUGUCCAUACUUGUUAUUUUAUCAACAGAUGUUGUACCGUUGCACGGUUCUCUGUCAUCCAAUGCAAUACACAUAAUAGGACCUUGAAAUCCUCAACGACCUCUUGUAAAAUUAAUUCCAGCUUAUAUAUUGAUCUGAACAUGUCACGUGAUAUGAAAAUGAACAUUUUGUCUCCAAGUCACAUUAUUUGUCAAUCAGAGAUCCCGCGCGCGCCGAGGCUUAUCGUCGAAUGCCGCUCUGUCCAAUGGAUGAACACCAUACUGAUAUUGGAACAGAAGCGUUGAUAAGCCAAAGAGACCAGCAGCCGAUCGGAGUAAAUGAAUUGGUUCAUGGAUCAAUUCAACAGGUGAAGACAGCGCGUAAGGACUAAUUUCCACAGCACUGUUUGUCAUUGUAAAUUUCGGGAUGUUUAUUGACGAUUAACAUUGUUGACAUAACGAGAAGUGAUCAUAGUUUAUAACUUAUAGUGUGUAAAUGCGACACAAAUUUGUAUAAUCCAUCAUUGUGCCCAAUUCUUCAACAUUUGUUAUUUUCUACGGACCUUGGCAAAUAUCUAAGCUGUUGCUGUUUUGAAUGAAAGUUUUGUUCUGCACAAAUUUGAUUUCACAGAAAGGAAUAUCAUAAAUGUAACAAUGAGCAUGACACAAUUAUCACAACCCGUUGUUGAAGAUUGGUUCGAAUCAAACAAAGACGUAUUUAUUGAUAUUUUUCUCAAGAAAGCGGACUUAUCUAUAGUGAACAAAUGGCUGUUAAUUCAUGGGUACUCUCCGGUUUCAGAACAAACACCGUACCAAACAAAGAGGGGAUCCCUAUCGACGGACAAUAGUACCCCAUCCUCUCCAAACGACAAGAACGAUGUCUUCUUUGAUUCUAGGCAUCAUCGGACAAAUUCAAAGAAGUACUUGCGACAAGACUUUGCAAAGUCCAAAAGGAAAAAUAUUUUCCGGACUUGUGAGCCGACCAUGUGUUCUGCUGAAGCAACCACCGAAUCUCGAAGGAACAGCCUGAAGGAGAUGAGAAUGUUCAGAUCCUUGCCGCCUAAUUCUGUGAACAUGCUGAGCAUUUUGAUCCAGUCCCGUGUCCGCUUACCGCGGUAUCCCAGCAAAGACAUUGACAUUAAAAAGGACCUGCGCAUGAACAAUGAAAGAGAGUUUUUCCAAGAAAUUGUUAAAGAUAUAUCAAAUGAUUUGGAUCUGAGAUCGCUGAGCCAGAAGAUUGUGGCCAAUAUCAGUGUACUGGUGGACGGUGAUGCAGGGUCGGUUUUUGUUGUGGAGGGCCGCGGGACAGCAAAGCCGUCCCUCGUGUCUAAACUGUUUGAUGUUCAUUCGGGAACUCAUAUCCUCCCUACCUCGGUGGGGGAUGGAAGUAUAACGGUACCAUGGGGAAAAGGAAUAAUUGGACACGUAGCAGAAACAGGAGAUACAGUGUCUCUAACGGAUGCCAGUCUGGAUCCUCGGUACAAUGAUGACGUGGACAAAAUCACCGGAUACCGGACCGAUACCCUGCUCUGUAUGCCAAUACAUAAUGCUGAUGACGAGGUGGUGGCUGUAGCACAGGUCAUUAACAAAGCAGGGGCCCAGGAGGGGUUCAGCAAAGAGGACGAAAAGCUGUUAGGGACCUAUCUGACAUUCUGUGGAAUUGCCAUUCACAAUGCUCAGAUUUUCGAGGCAUACAGUAAAGAGUAUGAACGAAAUAAGGCAUUGCUAGAAGUUGUUCACGAUCUGUUUGAAGAACAAACUUCAGUGGAAAAUGUAAUACUCAAAAUUAUGCAGAGAGCCCAAAGUUUGCUGAAAUGUGAGCGCUGUUCGGUUCUAUUGCGUGAUGGGUCUUCUGAGACUUCUUUUAAAAAGGUCUUCGAUUUAGCUUAUCCUUUGAGGAAUGGACAGAACUGUCAAAGGCGCCGUCUUCUCACACCAACGUCUCCUGACCUUCGCAACUCUUCCUUUUUUAGAAGUAAUCCUGCUUUCGUAUUUACCAGCUCUGAUAAUAUGUCCAACUACCAGCUAGGGAAUAAGAUAGCCGAGUUGGUUCUGGUGACAGGGGAGACCAUCAACAUCGCUGACGCUCACCAGGAUUCUAGAUUUGAUCCCAAUAGCGAUGGGGAGUCUGGAUUCCACACACGUUCCAUUUUGUGUAAACCAAUCCGGAACCGAGAUAAUCAGACAAUAGGUGUUGCCCAGGUAAUGAACCGGAUAGACGGCCACUCUUUUGACGACCAUGAUGACCAAUUGUUCGAGGCUUUUACCAUUUUCUGUGGACUAGGAAUCAAUAACUGUCUUCUUUACGAGGAAAUCGCAGUGGCCUCCGCCAAGCAAAUGGUAGCUCUAGAGGUACUUUCAUACCAUGGAACAGUUACUGCAGAGGAUGUCGUCAAGUUAAAGUCUAGGAAAGUUGCGGAUGCUGAUGAUUGGAAAUUAGACUCAUUCAACUUCAACGAUUUCUCUCUCACAAGCGACGACAUGCUGUUGGCUGCAGUCAGAAUCUUCAAAGACCUCGGGUUUAAAAGAACAUUCAGAAUCGAUACCGAGAUGUUAUGCCGGUGGAUUCUGACAGUGAGAAAAAAUUACAGAAAUGUCGCCUACCACAACUGGCGCCAUGCCUUUAAUGUCUGCCAGUUUAUGUUCGCCACCCUCAAGAUGUCAGGAGUGAGACGACAUAUUUCGGAUAAAGAAAGCCUCGCUUUGGUAGUUGCUUGCCUUUGCCAUGAUCUUGAUCAUCGAGGAACAAAUAACGCAUUCCAGCAAAAAACAAGUUCGGCGUUGGCCCAGCUUUAUGGGACGAAGGCUACCUUGGAACAUCACCAUUUCAACCACGCCGUAAUGAUACUCAACAGCGAGAGCCAUAACAUAUUUGGAAACUUUAACUCUGAGGAGUACAGCGAAGUGAUCAACUUAUUGAAGGACGCCAUCUUGGCUACGGAUUUAUCUCGUCAUAUUCAGGUUAGGGACAAAUUUUUCGCAAUGGUUGACUCAGGAAUGAAGAAUUGGGACGACAGAGAGUCUAGAGACAUAUUGCGCAGUAUUUUGAUGACGACUUGUGACGUAGCAGCGAUAACGAAACCGUGGGAGAUCCAAAGAAAAGUGGCAGAUCUCGUGAUGACCGAGUUUUUUGAUCAAGGCGAUAAAGAACGAAACGAACUGAAGAUACAACCACAGGCAUGCAUGGACAGAGAAAAGCAAGAUGAACUACCCAAGCUACAGUUGGGCUGGAUCGAUGGAAUAUGUCUUCCUUUAUAUAAAGCUUUGUCAAAUCUCGACGCCUCAUUCAAACCGCUCUUUGAUGGGGUCCUGAAAAACCGAUCUUGCUGGGAGGUUUUAGAUGCCGAAAGACUAGCAAAGGAUGCCGCCAUGCAUACAGAGGUUUGAGACAAAAGACUCAGAGGUGCUCCGAACUAUUUUAAAUCAUUGCAACUGCAUAUUCGCUAAAGUCUACCAGUAACGCACAAUUCAUACGCAAGUGCGAAUUUUUAUGAUAAUUUGUGCAAUAAACUUCCCGAGGUUGAAAAAACAAGUGUAAGAAAAAUAUACAA